AUGAGGGGCUUCAUAUUAGCCCUGGUUUUAACCCUGGUGGGGACCCAGCAUCUUAAUUACCAGCCCGAUUUCACUGAAAAUAAGGUUUAUACAUUUGAUUAUGAAAGCGUGCUUCUCAGUGGAUUUCCAGAGAAAGGACUUGCAAGAUCUGGAAUAAGAAUAAAAAGUAAAGUGGAAAUUAGUGGUAUUGGGCCAAAACUUUGUCUUAUUAGGAUUCACUCAGUGGAAGCAGCAGAAUACAACGGUGUCUGGCCAACAAGCUCGUUCUCUCGAUCACUCAAGCUGACCCAGGUACUAACCGGGCAGCUCAGUACUCCCAUCAAGUUUGAGUAUAGCAAUGGCCAUGUUGGAAACCUUAUGGCUCCUGAUUCUGUCUCAGAUGAUGGUUUGAACAUCUACAGAGGGAUUCUGAAUGUGCUGGAGCUAAGUAUAAAGAAGAUGCAGCAUUCAUACAGCUUACAGGAGGCUGGGAUCGGAGGUAUUUGCAACACAACCUACACAAUCCAGGAAAACAAGAAAGCGAACCUAGUCUAUGUGACCAAAUCCAAGGACCUGGACAGUUGUGAAGAGAAAGUUCAAAUGGUCACAGGUUCGGCGUACACUCAUCCGUGCCAGACCUGCCAGCAGAGAAACAAGAAUUUCCGGGCAACUGCUACUUACAAUUACAAAAUCAAAUAUACGCGUGAUGAAGCUGUAAUUACACAAGCUGAUAUUGAGGAAAUCCACCAGUUUGCACCCUUCAGUGAGAUAACAGGAGGAAAUGCUAUAGUAGAAGCAAGGCAGAAACUUGCUCUGACUGACGUGCAGAAGCACACGGCAGAGAUCCCACCAAAAGAAUUCCAGAAUCGUGGGUCACUUCAGUACCAGUUUGGCAGUGAAUUACUUCAGCUUCCUGUCCACUUAUUCAGAAUAAAAGAUGUGGAAAGCCAGAUAGAGGAAAGCCUGCAAGACCUAGUAGAGACCACAUCCGAACAGCUUCUCAGUGAUGCACCAGCAAAAGCCCUCAAGCUUCUGCACCUCUUCCGUGCAGCAAAAGAGGAGAAUUACGAGUCAGUGUGGAAGCAGUUCUCCAGUCGGCCAGCAUACAGGCGCUAUAUUUUGGAUAUAAUUCCUGCAGUUGCCAGUCAUCGUGCACUCAGGUUCUUGAGGCAUAAAAUGGAAAGACAAGAACUCACCAGCUGGGAAGCAGCUCAGACGGUGCUUGUGGCUUUGCACUCAAGCACACCAACUCGGGACGUGAUGGAGGAAGCAACACUCAUCGUGAAAAAACAUUGUCCUCGCUCAAGUACUGUACUUGGAAAGGUUUGCCAUCUCAGCUACGCGUCACUAUGCCACAAACAGUGCUCUUCAUCAGACUCCUGCUCUGAAUGUCUCCAGCUACUUCAUGGCUUUGCAGGAGAUGCAUUGAGCAAGUCUAACACAGAAGAAAUUUCCCUGGCUUUGAAAGCCCUUGGGAAUGUAGGACAUCCAGCCAGCAUCAAGCACAUCAAGAAAUUUUUGCCAGGAUAUGCAGCUGGUGCCUCAGAUUUGCCACUCAAGGUCCAUACAACUGCUGUGAUGGCCCUGAAAAACAUUGGCAUGAAAGAGCCAAAAAUGGUCCAGGCUAUUACCCUUGAGAUUUUCCUGAAUCGUAAAAUUCAUCCUCGGGUCCGAAUGUUAGCUGCAGUGGUUUUACUUGAAACCAGGCCGGGUCUUCCAAUACUGAUGACAUUAGCUGAUGCUGUGCUGAAGGAACCUAGCAUGCAAGUGGCAAGUUUCAUCUACUCCCACCUGAGGGCCCUGGGUAGAAGCGUAGCUCCAGAUCUUCAAGCAGUGGCUUCUGCCUGCAGAAUGGCUGUCAGAGUAUUAAGUUCCAAAUUUGAUCGAUCUGGAUAUCUGUUCAGCAAGGUUUUCAGCUUCAGUAUGUUUAAAGAGUUCCUUAUGAGUGGACUGGCAGCUAAAUAUUUGGUACUGAAUAAUGCGGGCAGCUUAAUCCCAACAAUGGCAAUGUCUCAGCUGCGGACACAUUUCCUUGGAAGAGUGGCUGAUCCCUUGGAGGUGGGAAUAACGGUUGAAGGACUGCAGGAGAUGUUUGCGAAAGGUUCCUCUCCUGACAGGGACUGGGAGAUUGACUAUGAUUUCAAGAAAAUCCUGAAAACGCUCUCUGACUGGAAGGCAUUCUCCAGUGACAAACCUUUUGCAUCAGUCUUCUUGAAGAUGUUUAACCAAGAGCUGUUCUUUGGUGGACUUGAUAAAAACGCCAUCCAAAAUGCAUUGCAGGCAUGGUAUGGACCUGAUGAAAAAAUCCCUUCGAUAAAGAGAAUAAUCAGUAGCCUCCAAAGUGGUGUAGGGAGGCAGUGGACCAAGGCUUUACUGUCCUCUGAGAUUCGUUGUAUUGUGCCCACCUGCACUGGGUUCCCAACAGAGACCAGCUUUUAUUAUUCUUCCAUCACAAAAGUGGCAGGAAAUGUUCAAGCACAGAUUACACCUUCUCCAAAGUCUGAUUUCAGAUUGACUGAGUUACUAAAUGCCAACAUUAGGCUGCGAUCCAAAGUGAGUCUAAGCAUGGCUAAGGAGAUGACCUUUGUAAUGGGGAUCAACACACACAUGGUCCAGGCAGGGCUGGAAGCACACACCAAAAUGAAUGCUCAUGUACCUGUGAAUGUUGUUGCCACUGUUGAUAUAAAGGAAAAAAAUAUCAAAAUUGAAAUUCCACCAUGUAAAGAGGAGACUAACGUAAUUACUGUAAGGUCUAAGACAUUUGCUGUUACACGAAAUAUUGGGGAUUUGACUGCUAGUAAGAUAACUCCAGUUCUUCUACCUGAAGCAGUGCCUGACAUAAUGAAGAUGUCCUUCGAUUCAGAUUCUGCAUCAGGCGAGACUGAUAAAAUCAGGGACAGACAGUCUGCAGAAGAUGUUUCAUUGGAAGAUCCCUUUUCCUUUGGACGUUCUUCUUCCCAGAAACAGCCAUUUUUUCAGUCCGCGUGCUCCAAUGCAAGUACAUUUGGGGUUCAAGUGUGCAUUGAGAGAAAAAGUGUACAUGCAGCAUUUAUCAAAAACGUGCCUUUUUAUUACCUAGUUGGAGAGCAUGCACUUAGAGUGAGCUUCAAGCCAGUUUACUCAGAGACACCUAUUGAAAAAAUACAAGUCACAAUUCAAGCAGGAGAUCAAGCUCCUACAAAAAUGGUACGUUUAGUAACAUUUGAAGAUCCAGGGGCACAAGUAUCUUCCAGCAAAAUAGUAAUUAAGAGAGUGAAGAAAAUCCUUCGUGACAGUGAUGACCAGGGGACAAGAAAAUUCGGAAGCUCAUCGUCUAGUGCCAGCAGCACCAGUGGAAGUGCCAAGAGUACAAGGAGUGGCCCCUCCAGCAGCGACUCUGACAACAGAGCAUCACAGGGAGGCAUCCAGACAAAUCUGAAAGCAAGACAGUCCAAAGCUAAAGGAAAGAAAUUCUACCCCUUUGGGGACAGCAGCAGUAGCAGUAGCAGUGGGGACAGUAGUAGUAGCAGCAGUAGUAGUAGCAGCAGGAGCAGUAGUAGUAGCAGCAAAAGCAGUAGUAGCAGCAGGAGCAGUAGUAGCAGCAAAAGCAGUAGUAGCAGCAGCAAAAGCAGUAGUAGUAGCAGUAGUAGCAGCAGCAAAAGCACUAGUAGCAGCAGCAAAAGCAGUAGCAGUAGUAGCAGCAGCAAGGGCAGCAACAGCAGUAGCAGCAACAGCAGCAGUAGCAAAGCAUCUGGUAUAAAGCAUAAGGCUAAGAAGCAGUCCAAGAUCACAUCAUUUCCACGUGCCAGCACUGCUGGGAAGAGAAGUGUGCAUGAGCAGAAGCAUAAAACACAGAGUAGCAGCAGUAGCAGCAGAAGCACCAGCAGUGGCACCAGCAGCAGCAGUGAAAGCAUUGGUGUUUCCCGUCGCCACAGCAAAUAUGACAGACAAGCUGAGAGUAAACAUGUCGAGUCCCAGUUUAAAAGGCACAGUAGUGAUGACCUUUCUACAGAAUGGGAAUAUCACCUUCCAAAAGUAUACCGGCUCCAUUUCAGGUCUGCUCAUGUCCAUUGGCAUCCAGAUCGGAACAGGCCAAACAGCACAUUGUCAGCGCUCACUCUAUUUGUUGGACUAACGAGCUGCACUGAUGCAGCAAACUGUCAUAUGAGCAGCAGCAGCAGCAGCAGCAGCCACCGCCACCACCAUGGAGAAAGCACUGGCCACAGUUCAAGGAGGAGCCACGCGAGCAGAGGAGUCAGCGUUCACCACAGCCACAGUUCCAGCCUGACGCGCGAGCGCAACUUCCUGGGAGACGUAAUUCCACCUGGCAUUACAAUUGUGGCACAGGCAGUAAGGAGUGACAACAGAAAUCAAGGUUAUCAAGCUACAGCAUAUGUUCGUUCCGAUGCUGCCAAAGUUGAUGUGCAACUAGUUGUGGUUCAGCUGGCUGAAACCAAUUGGAAAGCAUGUGCUGAUGCUCUAAUACUGCCUCUGAAAGCACAGGCCAGACUGAGAUGGGGCAAGGAGUGUCGGGACUACAAGAUAGCAGCCGUGGCUACCCCACGAUUCAUGCAAUACGUUCCUGGAGCAGCACUUGUGUUGGGAUUCUCAGAAGCCCAUCAGAGAAAUCCAUCUCAUGAAUGCAUAGUAAGGGCAGCUGCAACAUCUCCACGAACAAUUGAUACAGUAAUUAAAGCUCCUGGGGUAACACUGUACUAUCAGGCACUCCGAAUGCCAUUCACUCUGCCCUUAGGCCCAUCUCCAUCUUACAAGACUCCGGAUAUCACUGCCUGGAAUUUAUUUUCUAAAAUAGCUUCGCAAAUAGCACAAGAAGAUCAAUCCACAUGUGAAGUCAGCGAGGGAAAUUUCAAAACAUUCGAUCACUUCAGCCAUACAUAUUCUUUCAAUAAAAGCUGCAACCUGAUAGUGGCCCAAGACUGUACUGAACACCCAAAAUUCAUCAUUACUACAAGAAAGGUUGAUACUCAGUCUUUCUCAAGAGAGGUUCACAUAAAUACAACCUCAGCGAACAUCACAAUCUCUCCUGCCACAAAUUCAGCUCUCCUUGUGGCAUGUAAUGAAGAACCGGUUCUAUCACACAGUGGAGUUUCUGAGUAUGAAAAAGACAAUGUUAAAAUUUAUAAAAAUGGAACAACAGUCGUCGUGGAAGCUCCAACACAGGGACUGAAGAAUGUGACUUUUGAUGGUGUAAUCCUUAAGGUUACCGUUGCUUCAUGGAUGAGAGGAAAGACCUGUGGAGUUUGUGGAAAUAAUGACAGAGAAAAGCACAAUGAACUCCUAAUGCCAAAUCAUAAGCUGGCACACAGCUGUUCUGCUUUUGUUCAUUCAUGGGUAUUGCUAGAAGAAACCUGCUCUGGUGGGUGCAAGCUGCAGCGCAGUUACGUGAAGCUGAAUCGAAAUCCUACUGUUGAUGGAGAGGAAUCUACAUGCUACUCUGUUGACCCAGUACUGAAAUGUAUGAAAGACUGCGCUCCAAUCGAAAAAACUUCGGUUAAGGUUGGCUUCCGCUGUUUCCCAAAAGAUACUGCUGUAAGCCUGCUGGAAUGGCAGAGAAGCAGCGAUAAGAAAUCUGCAUCUGAGGAUGUUGUGGAGUCUGUGGAUGCUGACAUUGAUUGUACUUGCACUAGCGACUGUAGUUAAGCUAAACAUUUUAGUGUUGUGCUAUAGACAUACUAUACAAAUAAUUGAAUAGCUGGACGGAUAAGAAGGGAACGUAAUAGCUGUAGUAAAAUAUUAAGAAAUGUGCUUGAAGAAAAUAAGCCUACUGCAUUGCAUCCAAAGUCAAAUGCAUUAUGUACAGUCUGCACUGCUUAAUAAAUAUGUUGUUCAUUAAAUAAGUA